AUGGCAGGUGGUUUGGAUAUGUCACUCGAUGAUCUUAUCAAAUCUAAUCGAAAACCUACGGGAUCUCGCGGCCGCGGCAACGGUGGUUCUAGUAGCGGUGGUCGCGGAUUCGGCGGUGGCUCAGGUCCGUCUCGAAGAUUUACCAACCGAGUAGGGAACAGAACGGCGCCGUAUUCAAGGCCUGCACAGCAACAACAACUAGCUCUAGACCCGAUGUGGCAAAACGACGUUUUCGCUACUGACGCGAGUGUAGCAGCAGCUUUUGGGAAUCAGUCUGGAGGCUUUGGCGUCGCUGCCGGCGGCGGAGGCUCUUCAAUCGAGACGGGGACGAAGCUUUACAUCUCCAACUUAGAUUAUGGUGUCACCAACGAGGAUAUCAAGGAGCUCUUCUCGGAGGUUGGUGAUCUUAAGCGUUAUGGGCUUCACUAUGAUAAGAGUGGAAGAUCCAAGGGUACUGCUGAAGUUGUUUUUUCACGGCGUGGUGAUGCCUUGGCUGCUGUUAAGCGUUACAACAAUGUUCAAUUGGAUGGGAAGCUUAUGAAGAUUGAGAUCGUUGGAACUAAUGUUUCAGCUCCUACACCUCCACUUUUUGCUCCAGCUCAGGUUCCUUUUCCUGGGAAUGGGAUACUUGGCAACUUUAAUGAGAAUUACAAUGGAGGCUUCAACGGGAACUUCAAUGGAAACUUCAGAGGAAGAGGUGGUUUUAUGGGGCGGCCUCGCGGUGGUUUUGGCGGUGGUAAUUUCCGAGGAGGAAGGGGAGGUAGAGGAGGAGGAGGUGGUGGUCGUGGAAGAGGAAGAGGACGUGAUGAAAAGGUAUCUGCAGAGGAUCUUGAUGCUGAAUUGGACAAGUAUCACAAGGCGGCAGCAAUGGAAGAAACAAGUUAA